CUGCCAAGAUGGCUGCGCAAAUAAGUGCUGCUAACCCACCCGGAAAGACGCGCGAGACCCCGGAAACGGGAGACAAUUUUGUACAGAGGAGGUCUCUUCUCGCCAGUCACACACGACAGACCAUAAACAGUGAACUCAACUUGAGUUUUCUUCUCCCGCAUCACUUGGCAGGUUCCUCCGCUGCAAGGGACGUCUUUCAAAGAGAUGCCCCCCAAAGUAGUCUACCAGCCCGACACAGUACUGUUUCACUGCUCGGAGAUGCCAGAGCUGGUAAGACAAGCCUGGAAAAACACCUGCUCAAUCAGUCGUUUGAUCCCGCUGAAGAAGCGACCAAAGGGCUUGAGUUUGACCUGGUACAGACAGAUGUAACGGAGGUCAAUGAAUGUUGGCAAACUGUACAUGUAGGGCCUUACAGCAGAUACGACACCGGCCGCGCCCAGUAUGUUGUCAAAGAAAUUUUGAAAGAGGCUGAGUCUGUGGUCAAUCCCCAGGCAGCUGUGACUGCGUUUUUAAACUACGCACUGACGAUUUUAGUGACUAGCAUGGUUACGGGGCCAGUCGGUUUUCAACUUGGGUUUGGUGUUGUACUUAUAUUAACGACGGGGAUUUUCAAGCUGUUCGGCCAGAGUUACAACGUCGCCAGAAUAUAUGGUGUUAAUGUAACUCUAGUACACGUCGUACUAGUCAACCUCUGGGCAAGGAAUAUCUCACUAGAUAUCUUCUCGGCAUUUGGAAACAAACCAGAGUCGACUGUCUACCCUUACCUACAGUGGGUUAUGUUUGCUCUUUUUAUAAUCGUAAUCACGUCUGUGGUUGUGAUACCUUUCCCUGUGGGCGGCAGACCCGGCAUGGCCCUGGCCUUCUGCCUCAUGUGCUCACCUUCUCAGCUACAUUUUGAUGACUUGGCUUCCAAUCUUUCUUUAACCUUAAAUAGAUUACCGUAUGACUGUCUUACAGUUGCGGCCACACUUGGUGGCAUCGUAGCGUCAUCAAGUGGGUGUCUGGUGCCAGCCUCACUGGUGGUGUUACUAACAACGUGGUGUUUAACAGACGUUGUUGACGGCAGCAGUGAAACGUUGGAGUACGAGCUGAGUUUCGUGGCUGGAUUCAUUACAGGAGCAACAGGUUACGCGACCUUUCAUACCAUGCAAAACCUAUGCAGUUCCUAUCGUCGUGGUCUCCAAUUGCAAGUAGUUAUGGGUCCGAUAGGUUUUGUCUACGGCAUUGGAUUGUGUUGGUUGUUUGGCUGGCAGAUGGUUUUGCCAUCGACGUGGAAAGAUGUGUACUACAUAGUGCCAAACAUAGUCGCCAUGUAUCUUAUUCUACAAGUAGAAAUACAAAGGGCAUAUUGGGCCUUUCAGGAGAUAGGAGGUUAUCCGGUACUUCUAGUUAGCAGCAGCGCGAAAGCCCUUAGAAAAAUUAAAGAUUUGCCUCUUAAGUUGACCCUGAUAGACUUUGCUGGAGAUACUGUCUAUCACUGCACACACCAUCUGUUUUUAUCCAAUUCCUCAAUUCAACUUAUUGUCUUCAACAUGGAACGAUUAGCUCUGGAGCCAGACUACAUCAGGCGUAUUUGCUACUGGGUCCAGUCUGUGAUAGCCCACGUGCAAAACCCCAAUCCUCACAUCUUCAUUGUUGGAACACAUGCACACAGUUUGCCGAUAGAUAGAAGAAAGUUUUACUCCAGUAAAGUAAGCAAAGCGUUGCUUAGCAAUGAGACGUUUACUCAAUCUAUAGUGGGCAAACCAGGUAGCAAAAAUGAUGUUGUGUUCUGUGUGGAAAACUCCAUACCCCUUCGAAAAGAUACACAGGCCCGUCUCCUGCGAAAAACCAUCAUGGAGGUCGCCUCUUCAUCCUUCCAAUCCAAGAGAAACAUUCCUAUCAAGUGGCUCAAAGUCAGUGACUUCGUCAGCAAGUACAAAUCCGGGUCUACUGACACGUGUCUCCUGGACAAACGAACCUUGUUUGACAAACUGAGACAGGAAGGCGUUACUGAAGCUGAAGAAGGAAGAGAAGAGUUUGAAGAGAUGCUGAAGUUUUACGACGAAAUCGGAGAAAUCAAGGUCAUGGGUGAUGUCGUAGUCUUGAAUCUGAAAGCUUUGGUUCAGCUUGUCGUUGAGCUUGUGGAGUUUGAUUGUGAUGAUCAUGACGUUGGAAUCGUCCAUGUCAGUUCUUUGCGUAGAGUGUGGAAAUUCCUGACAGCGGAGAAUUUCCUUUCCGCCAUCGAACUGUUCGAGAGAUUUGACAUUCUCUGUCCGAUCUCACAAGAGCAGUAUCUCGUGCCUUUGCUUCUCGAGACUCGCGAAGAGACCCAAGCCAGGGAAGUGGAGACAGGUCGUGGCGCAUUCUGGAACACUGCAGAAUCGGACACGGUUCUCUAUUUCAAAUUCUACAAGUUCCAUCCCGAAGCCAUCUUUCUCCGCCUGCUUGCCCGAUGUUUGGCAAGAUCCCAGGAAACCCACGACCUUGGCCGUGGUGCUGACCGAGAUGUCUACAGAAAUGUGGGUAGAUUCUACCAGGGACACGAUUUCUACUACAAAGUGGAGCUGGUGUGUCAAUCCGUGCAGCAGAACAUGAUCCAGGUCACCGUCAAGUGUGCUCCGAACAGAGGUCCUCAUUCUCUACUGUCCAGACUCCACAAGGACUUGCAGCAGAUCCGAGACAGGGACUUCCCUUACCUGAACUACACAGUGGGACUGCCAUGUCCAGCAUGCAGCUCAUCCAACAACCAUGAGGGAGAGAGCUCGUUCGCCCCUCCACACAUCCUGAGGGUAUCAGGACAUGACGAGGAGCUCCCACGAUCCGGAGAGAAAGUAACUCUGAUGUGCCGAGGUAAAGCCUUUGACGUGGACCUAGGACAACAUCAAUCCACACUGGAUGUUGCCCAGACGAUGAAGCCGGACGGGAGCAGCAAAACACUCGAGCUGAGAAGUGGCCAUGGCCUCUUGGACACCAAGACCAUCCAACAUCUGUCCAUCCUGCUGGACCCUCCAGCGCCCAUCUUUGGGAACAACUGGAGGAUGCUGGCUGACGAACUGGGACUGUGCUUCCAGGACAUCAGCUACAUCGAGAGCAAGCACAACCCAACAGAGAUGGUUCUGGACAUGUAUGCUACAAAUACACAAACACCAACUGUGCAACAAGUGCACAGAGCCUUGAUAGACAUUGAUAGGCCUGAUGCUGCUGGAAUUCUUGACACUACUGUAGAACAAAAGCCUUCAGAUGAAUGAGUGUGUCCUCUGUCUGGAGGAUCAUGAUAUCUAGACUGUAACAUAUCAGAACAUAUCAAGUGCAUUUUUAUAUACUAGUACUUAAGAUUUCGUGAGGUCCUUGUAAAUAAUACUCAUGUAGAAGUAGACAACUUUUACAUGUAGCAUGAAAGUUCAUCUAAGUUGGUACAAGUCAUUAUGAAAUAAAGACUAAACCUUACUGCCAACACUGCAAUGAAUUGGCACUUGGUCUCGGACGUCAAUUUCCGAGAGUAGAUGGAUCCAUUCCGUGAACAAGGUUGAAGGAGACAGACGAAAAUAUGGGGAAAGUCCCAAUUCAUUGCAGUUUUGGCAGUUAAAGUUUAGUCUUUAUUUCAUAACUUUUAAAGGUGUUUCGCUGUUAUCCACUGUGUCAUAUUGGCAAUCACGGAGCAGGUAUGAUUUUGACCAGGUCAUGCCCUGCAAACUAUCUUUGUGUAUAACAGUGACUUGUACAUAACCAGGAUUGCCAGAU